AUGGAGACGUCCCUCAAUCUUCCUCAGGUGUCUCCAGUAGCUCCCGUACGGGGAGAAGGCCACGUCCACGCAGCCGUAGGUGAUGACUUUGGCGGCGGCGAGCGCAGGGCGGUCGGCGAAGUUGGCGUCCUGGGUCUUCAGGACCUCUUCGGCGGCCUCGCGGGAGGAGACGACCACCACGUCGACCUGGCCGACGCGGACGAGCACGAGGGGCCCGUGCUGGGCGGCAAGGUCACGCAGCGCCUGGUGGGUGGGCUUUCCGACGAUGUGGUGGAUGUGGCCAAUGACGGGCAGCCCCCGUGGGCUGGGAGGGAGAGGAGGUUCAUGGUUCGGCUGGAACUCGGAGAUGGAUCUCCUCCUGAGCGCCACCAGGAGGAGGAACGCGAAAGGCAGCAGUGGGAGGAGAGCAGCAAUUCCGAGAUCCAUGUGUCGAUGGGUUCACCGAAGCCAGCCAGCUUGUGCGCGCAGUACUUGUAG